UUCCCUGGCCGAACCGAGACCGUUUGUAGAAGGGGUUGUUGCGUUGACACACCACAGCGUCUGUGUCAUAUCCGUGAUCCGGUUUUACUUCAUCCCCGGCAUAAGUUGCCACAGACGUUUUUACCGUCGGCAUCGUCUUUUGGUCCAUGAUGGAGAUCAACAUCCCCAUCAUCGUCGCUUGCAUGCCGGUGCUCAAGCCGCUCGUCGACAACUUCUGGCCUCGUCUGCUGCUCGCGCCGCCACCGGACAGUGAGGUGCUGGACAGCGACGACCGCCUGCAUCCUCCAGCUAUUUCCUCGCCUGCUCGUCUGCGCGGGUGUACUGAGAUGGGACACCUGUGACAUAUUGGCGUCCGCGGGCGUUGUGUACAGCGGGUUGGGCAGUUGAGACGUGGCGCUGGGAGUUAGAGCGACCUAGACCAGGUAAAUGUU